CUGCGACGUGCGAUGCGAAAGGCCGGCCUACCAACAGUCAAGCGUACCAUCCUGCACCUUGCUAAAGGGUACCUGAGGGAACCUGGUGGUGGCGAUGGCGAUAGAGGACACGCCGGAGGCGACAAUAACCUCACAGACUACCAGGGAGCCAGCCGACGUUGCAUGGACCCCGAGCGCCUUGACACCCGGCGGCAGCCAGGGCUCGGCGCCGACUCCCGACCAUGCAACCACUUUGGACGCAGCUGUGGAGCUCGAACAGAUCGAUGCUUACAUGGAGGUGGAAACCGCGGGGGAAGAAGACGUGAACGUCGGAGCGACGGCGGAGUACGACUGUCAUUGGGGCACCCGCAGUGCUCUCGUCUCCGAGUCCCAGCUGAGGAAGAUGGCCGAGGCCGCCGUGGUGCUCUGCACCCGUUGCGGUGCUAGGUGCGACGUGAAUGUUACUCGUAUCACCGUAUCGUUCACGGUCACAUGGCACUGCUAUCUGCUUACUACCUGCUUCCGACGAUCACCUAAGUGAUAGUAACAAACCGCUC